AUUGUGUAGUUUAGCUACUGGCGUAUUAGUGCUCAUCUAGACUUCCUUCCAGAUUGGGUAGGGUUGGCUGGGGGCGGGAAUUAGUCCUAGCGAUUAGCGAUACUGCGAGCAGGCUACCGCUGCCGCCGACCUCCGUUCUUUCUUCCCACCUCGAUUCCUCCAAGAAAAUGCUGCAACCCAUCAGGAGCUCAGUAUUUUCUCAAACUAUCCCUUAUUGUUUCUGCUUCGAACGUCGCGGUCUGUCGUGUACCAGAACAGAGACUUGUCUAUCCUUCACCAUGCCCAUGAACAAUCCCGUUAUUGCUUGUAAAGCAUCUCUCAAUACUGACCAUACUUCCCACGGCAAGCAUGAUUUAUCGGUUCAUGGCCUGAGUGAGAUGGUUGUUGGGGUCCUGGGAGGAGGGCAAUUGGGUCGUAUGCUUUGUCAGGCAGCUUCACAAAUGGCCAUUAAAGUAAUGGUUUUGGACCCAUCAGAGAACUGUCCGGCUAGUGCUCUUGCUUAUCAUCACAUGGUUGGAAGUUUUGACGACAGUUCCACUGUUGAGGAAUUUGCAAAGAGAUGUGGAGUGUUGACGGUUGAAAUUGAACAUGUUGAUGCUGAGACUUUGGAAAGGCUUGAAAAACAAGGAGUAGAUUGCCAACCAAAAGCUUCUACUAUUCGUAUAAUCCAAGAUAAAUAUCUUCAAAAAGUUCAUUUUUCUCAGAAUGACAUUCCACUUCCCAAGUUUAUGCAGAUAAAUGAUCUUGAAGGAGCCAAGAAAGCUGCUAAUCUAUUUGGUUAUCCUCUUAUGAUCAAGAGCAAGAGGCUAGCUUAUGAUGGCCGUGGAAAUGCUGUUGCAAGGAGUGAAGAAGAGCUUUCUUCUGCCAUUUCUGCUCUUGGUGGAUUCAGUCAUGGUUUAUAUGUUGAGAAAUGGGCUCCGUUUGUAAAGGAGCUAGCUGUCAUUGUGGCUAGAGGAAGAGACAACUCUAUCGUGUGCUAUCCUGUUGUUGAGACUAUUCACAGGGAAAAUAUAUGUCACAUAGUCAAGGCACCUGCUGAUGUGCCUUGGAAGAUCAGGACACUUGCCACUGAUGUUGCAUACAAAGCUGUUAGCUCACUGCAAGGUGCUGGUGUCUUUGCAGUUGAGUUGUUUUUGACUGGUGAUGGUCAGGUUCUACUAAAUGAAGUAGCUCCUAGACCCCACAAUAGUGGUCAUCAUACAAUUGAGUCUUGCUACACGUCCCAGUUUGAACAACAUCUACGGGCUGUUGUUGGUCUUCCUCUUGGUGAUCCAUCCAUGAAAACUCCAUCUGCCAUCAUGUACAACCUAUUGGGUGAGGAAGAGGGGGAACCUGGUUUCAUUUUGGCCCAUCAACUGAUUGCAAGAGCAUUGGGUAUUUCAGGCGCUACAGCUCAUUGGUAUGAUAAGCCAGAGAUGCGAAAACAACGGAAGAUGGGCCAUAUAACAAUUGUUGGGCCUUCUAUGGGUGUUGUGGAAGCACGAUUAAAAUCAAUGCUGAAUGAGGAAGGUUCUGAUAAAUUGAGUUCAGUGAUGCCACGUGUUGGAAUUAUAAUGGGCUCUGAUUCAGAUCUUCCGGUAAUGAAGGAUGCUGCAAAAAUUCUAGAUAUGUUUGGUGUGCCCCACGAGGUGAGAAUUGUUUCGGCUCACCGGACCCCUGAAAUGAUGUUUUCCUAUGCCUCCUCUGCCCGGGAGCGGGGCGUCCAAGUUAUCAUCGCUGGUGCUGGUGGUGCAGCCCACUUACCAGGUAUGGUAGCUGCACUUACUCCCUUACCAGUUAUCGGUGUCCCAGUUCGCGCCACUGUAUUGGAUGGAAUUGAUUCGCUCUUAUCAAUUGUGCAGAUGCCAAGAGGUGUUCCGGUUGCAACAGUUGCAAUAAACAAUGCAACAAAUGCAGGAUUACUUGCAGUAAGGAUGUUGGGGAUUGGUGAUGCUGAUCUUUUAGCCAGGUAGGUUCUCUCUCAUUAUGUUGAUAAUUAUAUAGACAGUUUAAAACAUAAGAUGUCGUAGGUUUGAUGUCCCAUUUUGUCUCUCAACUAGUCAGUUGGUCCCAUUUUGGCUACUGAACUUAGGCUUCAUUUUGUGUGAUUGUAAUUUUUGGUUUUUAGUUUUACUUGCCAAAAGUUAAAGAUUCAAAAUUAGCAAUUAAAAUUAAAAAUUAAAA